CCGUAAGAUAUCUCGUUUCCUUGACAGUGUGAGCUUAGGUGCCCUGGACAACUGAAGGUGUUUGUUCCUUAUAAUUUCCUGUGGAGAAUUAGUAAAUUUGAUGUUCUCCCAUUAACUAUAAAUUUCAUACAAUGAAACACACUGAGGAACAAGUAUUAGAGGUUAACAUCUUAUCUAGCAUCUGUUACUUGUGCAAGAAGUGUCGAGGUCUCUUCUACCACAAGAUGCAGCGGAGAGACAUUUCCUCAAGUGCGGGAAUGAGACUGAACGAUGCAUCUCUUGCAACAACGAUUUCUCACCUGAAGGGAUUUCCAAAGAGGAUUCAGAUAACAAUAACACCAUUUUGCGAUUAGAUAGCGAAUCCUCGAAAUGUCGAAGCUCGCAAUGCUCUGAAGCCAUUACCCCGGAAAGAAAACCCUUUGCCUGCACAGUUUGCAAGGCGUCCUUUUCAGCUGUGGAACAUCUGUUCGAACACCGAAUCACUCACUCUGGCCCUUUUAUCUGCAGAUCAUGUGGUAGAUCCUUCACUCGCGGUUGGUCCUUAAGAAGACAUUUGUCGACUCAUUUUAGAGAUGGGGUUGUGAGUUGCAACGUCUGCAGAAAAAGAUUCUAUCGCGUUGAUAAUCUCAGAAAGCACUGUAAGAUACACUUCAGUGAUAUCAAGUAUAUUUGUGGUGUGUGUGGAGAGCAACAUGAAAAGAAAAUGUGCUAUAAAAAGUAUAUCAUUCCACCUGAAGAUGGAAUUAGCAACCAAGAUAUGCUGCAGGUGGGACCUUUGACGUCAAAUAUUGUAAAAUCAAAGGUGUCAACAGAGUUAGCAGCAUAUGGUAAUCCAAUGAUCACUCUCGAGAAGGCUUCACCUGUCAAGAGUUCAUCUAUAGGUGAAAUUGAAAAUCCAGGAGCCUUCUUAGAUGAUGUCACAUCAAAUGAGAGUAAUCUUGAUGCCUUCCUAGGUGACUCAGCAUCAGAGGUAUCUUCAUCUUCGGGUGGAACUGUCAGUCCACUAGAUUUGGAGGAGGAUGUAUUAUUAGGAGAAUCUCCACCACCAGAUGAUACUGCUAGCACAGCAGACAAUAUGGAAGAAAUAAUGUCAGGCAGGUUUUCAUCUUUAUUUGACCUUUCGUUUCCAAGUUCCCCUAGCGAAGGCUCAUUGCAUGAAAAACCUUCAUCUCAUAGUGAGAAAGUUGAAGUCAAUACCUCAUUGGAAUCUACAACCUUAGAGUCGUCAUUAUCAAGUACUGAUUCUAGUGAUGAAAAGGGUAUCCCUGAAUUGCCAGUGUUAGAGGAACCUUCUUAUUCAAAUGAAAUGUCAGAUCAACAGCCUCUCAUAGAAGCUAUGUUAAACGUAUCGUCAAUAAGUGAAAUCGUCGCCCAAGAGGCCUCUCUGGGAUGGGAAUCCCUAGAUGGAACUUUAUUUUCAAGUGAGGCUGCUAAUCCAGGGACCACCUUGGAUGCUGAAGCUUCGUUAGAAAGAGCUUCAUCAAGUGAUAUAGCAAAUCCAAAGGGGAACUGGGUAGGUGCAUCAUUAGGAGAACCCUCCAUAGGCGAUACUAACCCAAUGGCCUUCCUGGAAGAAAUAUCACAAGGAGUUUUACAUUCAAUGGAGAUUGCAUAUCCAGAGAACUCACGUGAAGGUGAGCUACAAGAGAGAACUUUACUUCAGAAUGGGAGUGCUGUAAUGGAACCACCCAUGGAAUGUGAAACCAAUGAGAUGUCAUCACCUUCCAGUGGGAUUGGUGAUUCUUGGGUUUUCUUUGAUUGGGCAUCGUUGCAUAAUCCUCCCACAGAGGCUGCAGACGUUUGGCCCCUCCUGGAGACUGAAGGGACCUUGGUAGAAGGGGAACUGUUGAAGGGACCUCCAUCUUCGUUUGAAAAUACCGAUCUGUUGGUCUUGCUUAAUACAAGGAAUGACGAUUCAGCAACCACUUCUGAGUCCUCAUCCUUUGAGAGAUCUCCUUCACCGUUUGAUUUUAUAAGUAAAGAAUCUUCUCAGAGAUUUACAUUCGAGAACGAAUUUAAAUCUAUUACAGAGAUGAAUAAAUCAUCUCACUUUUCUGAAAAUGAUGCUUCUCUGAGAGAUGUAGAUCUUGGAUUACCUGUGGAAAUGUAUCAUGUUGGAAUCGAAUUUAAAUGUUACGACCUAUCCAGUAUUUUUGAUGACUUAGAAAUGAAUGAAAUGGGUAACCCUAUCCAAACAAAUACAUAUGGAAUUGGUAUGAAUGAAAAUAGUAAUGCUUUACCACCGUUGGGUCAUGCAAGCAUGAAAAUUAUUGUAAAUGAAGUAACUAAUCAACUAUAUGAAGAUGGAAUAUAUAGCAAAGCAGAAAGUUAUGUUGGUGAAAAUAGCAAUUACUGGGAUUUUAGCAUUGCAAGUCCAGAAGACUAUUACUUAGAUAGUUUUGAUAUGCUGGAAUUAUUAUGAGUUAAUUUUUCUUAAAAUAUGGCUGUGUUGAAAAACAAUGUUUUUCAUUACUGUAAAAUUUAUAAAAAUCUGAUGUUAUAAUUAACAUAGUUCACAAACAUUAUCUUUUAUUCUUAUAUAUUAUAAUAUAUAUCUAAUUUCUUUUUAAUUUUAUCUUAUUUUUUAGUCUUAAGGAAAGUAUUUCUAUAUUUUCUAUUUUAAUGCCUGUUUUGAAAUCCAUGAAUGCAGGAAAACUCAGUUAAACUCUGCAUAUGUACAUGAUUUAGUAUGAGUAAAUGAUCUACUAAACUCCUAAAAUGUGAACUCUGUAUCUGAGAAAAAUAAUUGUUUUUAAGGUUUUAAUUUUGCAAAGAAUGAAUCAUGGCUCUACAAUAUGUAUCUUUAUUUCUAUAUAAUAUUUCUGUAUAUAAGAGUGCUCAUAUCUGUUCUAGAGAAUAUUGUAUACAGUUUAAUAAA